AUGGCAUCUUAUGUAUAUUUCAAGUUCAAGUCACAGAAAGAACCACAGCGUGUAACAAUCGAUGGCCCUCAUACGGACGUCUGGAAUCUGAAACGUGAAAUCAUCACCAUUUCUCGUCUGGGAGAUGGAACAGAUUUCGACCUCAAGAUCUACAAGGAGAAUGGUGAUGAAGAAUACACAGAUGAUACUGAAAUCAUACCCAAAGACUCGACUGUCCUCGCUCGAAGAUUGCCUGCGUCGGCUCCAGGCAAAGGCCGUGCUGCUCGAUAUGUCUCCGGCAAGCCGCCUGUUAGCGCCAAACCCACUGCUGCGAAUGCUGCCAGCAAAUCGGUCAAGACGGUGGAUAUGGAUAAAGCGAUGACAGAACAAGAGAAGCUGCAGGCGAUGUUUCAAUUCACCGACGCACAAUGGCAACAGAAACAAGAAGAGAUGGCCCAUGAGACACGAGUGCCCAUGCAAGGAGGCAAGCCCUUCAAAAAGGCCAACGUCCCCGAAGGAGAACCGCCGCAUGGAUAUAUCUGCUAUCGUUGUGGCAAAAAAGGUCAUUGGAUCCAAGCAUGCCCGACAAACGAUGAUGCCAACUACGACAACAAGAAUCGCAUCAAACGAACCACUGGGAUUCCUCGGUCAAUGUUGAAGAAGAUUGACCAAUCGGAUAUCGAUAAGCUUGAUGAUGUUCAAAGACAAAAUCUUAUGGUGAAUGCUGAAGGAGAAUACGUCUUUGCUCAAGCGGAUGAAAAGGCAUGGAAAAAACAUCUGGAACAAGUCAAAGCUGCUGAAGCUGCCCAGAAGAAAGUACAAAUUGGCGACAAAGAGCUGCAAGAUCGAGGUUUGGAAUGCUCGAUUGACAAGCGCUUGUUUGUAGAUCCAAUGAAGACCCCUUGUUGUGGGAAGACUUAUUGCCACGACUGUAUUGAAAAUGCUUUGCUUGAGAAUGAUCUCACUUGCCCCGGCUGUGAGACAGAGAACAUCAGUCUCGAACGUCUCGAGCCUGAUGAAGACAUGAAGGCCAGAAUCAAAGAGUAUGAAGCAGAGAAGGCAGAAGCAAAGCGACGAUCUAGAAGUCCUACUGUCACAGCGGAUUCACCCAAAGCAAAUGGUUCGGGUUCAAGAUCCAGAUCAAAUUCACGACAAGGAAGUGGUUCCCCUCAAUCGACCAGUGGACAAGCUCGGAAACGCAGUGCCAGUGACGUGGAUGGACCUUCUGCAUCCGGGAAUCUCGCUGCGCCAGCCAUGAAACGUCAGAAGUCGGGCGAAGCAGCGUCUUCGUCGACGACACCAAAGCCCGAGGCUGACGCCAAAAAGGACGGUAUCAAAGAGAGUUCAACUCCUGAAAGUAAUAACAUGCUACCCACAAACAUGAUGCCACCGGAUUUGUCUCAAAUGCAACCGGGCAAUAACAUGCCUUUCCCCAUGAUGACCGGUUUCAAUCCGUUCAUGAUGAAUCCCAUGGCCAUGAACAUGGGUAUGAAUGGAAUGAACUUGACGAACCCGAAUUUCAACAUGAUGACCGGUAUGAAUGGUAUGAACAUGUUCCCACAAACCAACGGGAAUAUAGGUUUUCCAAACAUGAACCAAAUGCCAACUUGGAAUAUGAAUAUGAACCAGAGUCAGAACCAGAACCAGAACCAAAAUCAGGCCAGCAACAACAUGGGACCCAAAGGGUACAACAGCAAUUUCAACACCAAUCGACCAAAUCGCAACACAAGCUUUCAACCACCCAAACCAACAUCACAACAGCCAGCAGGAAUGACUGGUGUUCCCACUGGUCCUAAAGCCUUGAUGCAACAACAGAAUCCAAAUCAGAGUUUUUAUCCUCCCACAGGUCCUGCUAGCAGCAAAUUUUCCAAUCAGCAACGACAUAUUGGAAAUGAAGAGGAUAAUGCCUACAUGCGGCAACCGGUGAAUCCACAUCGGCAUAUGAAUCGAAAUCGUCGAGCGAGACAGGCCGAUUACCGAGAACUGUAA